AUGGCGCCCUUCUACAAGAUUGCCGUUAUUCAACUUCAACCAAAAGAAGUUGCCGUCGAAGACAACUACACCCGAGCCGAGUCCUUCAUCCGCCAGGCCACCGCCCAAGGCGCCCACCUAGCCGUGCUCCCGGAGUAUCACCUAACGUCCUGGUGCCCCGACCACCCGGACUUCGUCGCCGCCUGCGCCGAGUCGGCGACCUACCUCCCCCGCUACCAAGCCCUCGCCCGCGAACUGCACAUCAACAUCGUGCCCGGCACCAUCUGCGAGGUUCACGACAAUGACAGCGACAACGACGACGGAAACAAAGAAAUCCGCAACAUGGCCUACUGGAUCGCCGCCACAUCCGGCGCCCUCAUCGGUUCCUACCAAAAGAGGAAUCUGUGGCACUCAGAGCGCCCGCAUCUGACCGCGGGCCUGUCGCAGCCGCGGCACACCGCCUUUGACACCCCGCUGACUUGGGCCGACGAAGAAGAUGACGGAGGCCGCCGCCCGAUCCGCGCGGGCAUGCUCAUCUGUUGGGACCUAGCUUUUCCCGAGGCCUUUCGCGAGCUGGUGCUGGACGGGGCGGAGCUGGUGGUCGUGCCGAGCUUUUGGUUGUGUGACCGAAGCGAGCUGGACGAGGAUCGGUUGCGGAUGAAUCCUGAUUGUGAGCAGCUGUUUACCAACAGCGUGCUGGUUACGAGGGCGUUUGAGAAUGAGUGUGUGGUGGUGUACUGUAACGCGGGCGGGUUGAGCCAGGUUACAGCGCCGGUGUAUGGGUGCGUUGGCGGGCCUGGUCUGGGGCUUAAUGAGGAGACUAUGGGGGUUGUGGAGGUGGACUUUGGGGCCGUGAAGGUGUUGGAGAGGGAGUAUAAAGUUAGGAAAGACUUGAAUGGGGAGGGGUGGCAUUAUGGCUAUGAGAAGCAGGGGAAGGGGGUGAAGGGGGCCUAA